AUAUUUACAGCACUUCCAAACCUGUUGGCUCUGCUACGCUCCUUGACGCUGCGACUUUGCUUCUGCACAGUCUCUCCGCCUCGCCAUCAUUUGCCACAUUUCGUCCACAACACAAUGCAGCAAGUACUGAUUCGUAUGCCUACGGCGGGAGGCGCAAAGGCGUCGGGGCCGCUUCUGCAGCAACUUGCAAAGUCGCUGGAGACGGAGGGCGCGCAGCUGGCCAGCAAAAUAAAGGGCAUAGUGGUGUUCAAGAUCGACGACGCCGAGUGGAGCCUGGACCUGAGCGAGGGCAGCUCGGGGGCGCUGUACGAGGGGCCGCCGGCGGAGGGCGCCAAGCCCGACCUCACCCUCACCACCAGCGACGCCACCUUCGCGCAGAUGGUCAUGGGCAAGGUCAACCCGCAGACGGCCUUCCUGACGCGCAAGCUCAAGAUCAACGGCUCCAUGGGCAUGGCUAUGAAGCUGGCGCCCGUGCUGGAGGCGGCGCAGCCCAGGGCCAAGAUGUGAGAGGUGGCAGCAGGGUGCAGGGCGCAGGGCACGGGGUGGUGUGGCCGCUGACUGGCUGACAGGAUGGGGCGGGAGGCGCGGAGGAGUGAUGGAGCGGCACGAGGACGGGUGGCGCUGUAGGGGUGUGCGCUGGGAGGAGGGAGGAAGCGCCGGACAGGGAGGGAGCGGCAGGUGUUGAGCUGCCGGCCAGGGUGAGGACGAGGGCGGGGUGUGCUGAUGUGCUGGUGUGCUGAUGUGCUGGUGUGCUGAUGUGCGGGACGCGGGGCGCUGGUGGUGCGUGAAGCGGAAUAGAGAGGAUGGCAACGCGUGGACGUGUGCGGCAGCUGCGAAUACGGUACACAAUGUUAUGCUGCCCGCCGCGGCGUGUCAGGCGCGGCUGUGUGUUGCACGGCAGUUGUGCACUGACUGCUGACGAGCCGGCCUGCCAGGCGGCCAGCCUGCCACGCGGCCCGGCGCUGCGACGGGAGGGCGGGGCUGGAGGGGCGCGGGACUGCGGCGGUGCAUAUUGCGCGGCGGCUCGCUCGCUCGUUCAGUGUCUGAGUUGCCCAGGUGGCCGCGGUGGCGCCACUGCACUUGAGUGCAGGCAGGCGUGCAGCAACGGAACGUCCCGCCAGAAGUGUAACACC